AGGGGGGGCACCCAUCCGAGUUAGACCCACUUGCCAUCCAGUCGGGCUGUAUUUAAAGUGAGGCAGAGCCCAUGAGAUAUGCAUUGGUUUGCUUGCAUUCGCCUAACGCGUCCACAGUCGAUAGAAUUGUUGUAAUUAACCGCUUUUUUUCCUUUAUCACCAUUUUCAAAUAACUUGGAAGAGCCCCCAACCAGUUAAGAGAGCUCCCCCCGAAAAGUGUGACUUUGAGGAUUUAAUUUGAAUUUAUUUAAAAAAAAAAGGAAGUGUGCUCCUGAAUUUAACGAACUCCGGAACGGAGGAAAAGCGGACUUAGACACAAUUUUAUCGAGGAAGGAUCUCCUGCAUCAAGUAGACCAAAGGAUUUUUUCUCCUCAUCCACGUACGCAGUGAAACAACCAGAAUUUCCUAAUCCCAGUAAAUUCAAGAAAAAGUGUUUAGGCGUUUGCGAGGAACUCUUAAACUGUUUGAAAAACAGAUUUAAAAAAAAUCUUGUGAAUUUUUGUGUGUUUAACCCUUGAUUUGUUCGAAAGCACAAUGGCCGUUGCAGCUGCACAGAAAAAUCGCGAAAUGUUUGCCAUCAAAAAAUCCUACAGCAUUGAGAAUGGUUAUCCAUCUCGUCGUCGUUCUCUUGUGGAUGAUGCCCGCUUCGAGACUCUUGUCGUGAAGCAGACCAAACAAUCUGUCCUGGAGGAGGCUCGCCAGCGAGCUAAUGAUACACUCGAUGACUGUCACCUUCCAAAUGAGGUCCAUGAACUCCAAAAUGUAUCUCAAGAUGAUAAAGUUCAAAUUCACAUCUCAACUGCUGACGAUCAGUUGAAUGGUGAAAGUAUUAUGGUUGAAGAUGUAUUUGACAAAUCAGAUGAUGAUGAAAUUUCUCUGGAAAAGAAUGAGACACCUUACGAAAAUGAUUGUGGACUGACAGAAGAUGAAGUCCUCCUGGCUAACGCAGCUUCAGAGUCCCCUGAAGCGGAGAAGAAGAUCCAGCGCGCUGCCCUUGUGGUGCGUCUUCGUGAGGGUAUGGGUUCCCUGGGGCGCAUUCUUAAGGCAAUUGAGACCUUCCAUGGGGCUGUAAUUCAUCUUGAGUCGCGCCCAUCGCGUGCCGAGGGUGUGCAAUUUGAUGUGCUGGCCAAGGUUGACAUGUCCCGUGCCAAUCUCCUUCAGCUCAUUCGCGCAUUGCGCCAGACAAACUCCUUCGGUAGCGUCAACAUUCUCACAGAUGACAGUACGGCCGUUAAGACCCCGUGGUUCCCCAAGCAUGCCUCCGAAUUGGACAACUGCAAUCACCUCAUGACGAAGUACGAGCCAGAUCUUGAUAUGAAUCACCCAGGGUUUGCAGACAAGACAUACCGGGCACGUCGCAAGGAGAUUGCCGAAAUUGCCUUUGCGUACAAAUACGGAGAUCCCAUUCCACACAUUGAAUACACCGAAGAUGAGAAUAAGACAUGGCGUGCUGUCUUCAACACCGUCAAGGAUCUCAUUCCGAAGCAUGCAUGCAUUGAGUACAGACGUGUGUUUGAGAAGCUAAUCGAUGAGGGUAUCUUCCGGGAGGAUGGUCUGCCACAAUUGGAGGAAAUGAGCUCAUUCCUGCGUCGCAAUACCGGGUUCACCCUCCGACCAGCUGCUGGCCUCCUAACUGCUCGUGACUUCCUUGCCUCAUUGGCAUUCCGUAUUUUCCAGAGCACCCAGUACGUGCGACACGUCAACACACCCUACCACACACCAGAACCCGAUGCAAUUCAUGAAAUUAUUGGUCAUCAACCACUUCUUGGAGAUCCCAGUUUUGCACAGUUCUCCCAGGAAAUUGGUUUGGCAUCGCUCGGUGCUUCCGAUGAAGAAAUUGAGAAACUCGCCACGGUCUAUUGGUUCACCGUGGAGUUUGGGCUGUGCAAGGAACAGGGACAGGUUAAGGCAUACGGAGCUGGUUUGCUAUCUGCCUACGGUGAGCUGUUGCACGCUUUGAGUGAUAAACCCGAGCAUCGUCCCUUUGAACCAGCCACAACGGCUGUACAGAAGUACCAAGAUCAGGACUAUCAGCCAAUCUACUACGUGGCGGAGAGCUUUGAGGAUGCCAAGGAUAAAUUCAGGCGCUGGGUAUCAGCCAUGUCCCGACCAUUUGAGGUGCGCUUCAAUCCACACACAGAACGCGUCGAAGUUCUGGAUUCCGUGGAUAAGCUCCAAACACUUGUGGCACAGAUGAAAACAGAGAUCCUCCACCUCACCAAUGCUAUUGAUAAGCUGGGGAAGCCUUUCUGCUAAAGAGGACACCACCUCAGUCAUCCGGCCCCUGCCCCACCCACCCAUAUUGCCCACUGUGAACUCUCUCUCUCUCUAUCAGCUACACCACCAUCCCCGAAUCCUCGGGAAAGAAAUCGGACACAGGAUUGGCUGGUGGGAAGUGAGGAUGAAAAUCUCGCUAAAAAAAAUCCUUAAUUUAUUUCACGAACCAACAUUUCGCGCCCUACUCCCUUAAUAUUUCGUUUUGGACCAAAAAUAUUCUUUAGGCUGAGUUCCUAAGAAAGAAUGAGAAAAAAGAUAAACCCCAAAUUAUGAUUAAAGAAGAUGAAGAAGGAGGAAAAAGUUAAACCCCAAGAGGUCAUAAAGUCAACCGUGUCAGAGUGAAUUUUAUCAUACAUUUUUCGAGCAAAUCUCUGUGUUUAGCGUUUAGUUAUACGUAGGAUUUACAUUGUCUGUAGGUCUCGUUAGAUGCACCAUUGAGCAACAUGAUUUUUUUUAUAUUAAUCUCUGUGCACCUGCAAAUACUCUCCACGUGUGAUCUCUCCCGGAAGUGAGUUCUCUGAAUUUUUUUUUCAAAUUGACAUUCAGAGAAGAAUCCCAGAGAAGAGGAGAAAAAAGUUGUUCCCGCACGUGGAGAAUCCCACAUAAUUUACGAAUUUCUGCACAUUACACCUCAUCUCAAGAAAAAGCAAGAGAGAUGCGCUAAAUAUAAAAAAUAUAUUUCUUUUCUAUAAGCCUGUGUAUAUAAAAGAAAAAUCUCUCUCUAUAUAUCUGUGUUAAAAUAUAAGCAUAAAUAUUCUAGAAAAAGUAUCGAAAAAAAUUGCAAGAAAAAAAAUGAGAAAAUUAUAUAGCUUAUAUGCUUAAAAAUUGAGCUUUCGAUUUAGAUCAAGUUUCUCGACCCCCUCCCCCAAGUUCUAUAAGUGUUUUUAAAAGGCAAAUUUAUAUAUUAAAAAAAUAGAGUAUUGCUUAAAAAAUGAAAGAAAAAAAAAACAGAAAUUUAUUCGAUUCCUGUGAAAGAGAAAAAAAACAUUUUGAUUCCCGUGAAAAGUAUUGUUGAAUAAAUCACUAUAUAUUAUUAUAAAUUAUAAAUGUUGGAUCAGAGUGACAAAGUAAAGAGAAAUUUAUGAUAUAAUGUACAUAUAGAUUUAAAUGAGUGUAAAUGAUAGUACUCUGUAUAAAUAAAGAAAUCAUAAAUGAAAGAA